AUGAGCACCGCAUUCAACGAUUACUGCACCGUUUGUGAUCGUCUUAUUCCCACAUCUCCACAGAAAAUAAGUAAUAGUACUAGGAAAAUCCAAGGGGACAAUGAAUCCAAGAAUAGUUCACAGUCAGAUAAAUUAUAUUGCUCAGAAGAUUGUAAGCUAAAGGACUCAAACCCUCUCAAUGAAAAGCUAUUAUCUCAUUUGAACAAAAAAACAAAGACUGCUCAUUCGCAUGAUCUCACACCUCCGCUUUCAUAUUCUAAUAAUUUAACUGCAUCAAACCCUUUCGAGCCGGCCGCCUCAUUAUCUUCAUCUCCAUCGUCGUCAACUAUCCCCUUCGAUGAAUUGGAGAAGCUGGAUUCUUUACUUAUUUCGCCAUUGCUGCUACCUCAGGAUGGUCUCUCCAACGCUAAACAGGAAUCUAACCCCUCUCAUAUUGGUGGCUACGAUGAUAAUGAACAUUAUUUGAACCUGGCCGACUCUCUCAGGCUCGACUCCGGCUACCAAUUGCAUUCAAAGGCACAUUUGGGUUACGAAAAUGAUUUGCCGCGAUCAAGUGACGUUAUUAACGAUCGUUUGAUCUCCGACCAAAUCAUUGAAAAUAACUACAACUUAUGGUUUAGACUAUCUUCUAGUUAA